AUGGCAUUACGCCCAGCAGCGCUGGCGCUGACCAGCCCGCUGCUUCGGCGCGUGGCGAUGCAGCCGAUGCAGCAGCCAGCGACGAUGCAAUCGGUAUUCAGGCUCGCGGCCUUCGCUCGCCCGGCCGUCCCCUCCCCCAUGAGGGCGACGACUCUGGGUCUCGGACUCGCUCUUCAACAACGGCAACAACGGCACUUCGGAUCGAACCACGGCAUCUCUCGCAACCUCCUCGCCAGCAGGGAGGCGGCAGCGAACAGGAACCCCGGCAGCGCGACCGCGCAGAACGCCUUCUACCAACUCCUCAUCAAGGCGAACAUGCCCGCCAUCGUCAUCGAGCGCUACCAGUCCGGCCGCUUCGCGAACAACGACGCCACCGACCAGGCCUACAACCAGGCCCUCGGCAUGCAGAGCCAGGCGGCCGUCGGCGGCCUGGGCGGACACGACCACCUCCCCUCCGCGUUCGGAAACGGCGGCGGCGUCCAACAGACGGGCCAGGCGACCGGCGGCGGCAACGGCAGCCUGUCGCAGGCUCAGCUGCAGGCUGUCGGGCAGGCGCUCGCCGCCCGCUCGCGCGAUUCGAAUAUGGCUUCGGCAAAGGUUACCGGCGAUGGGGGGCAGGCGUCUCCGCUGCACGUCGUCGUCGACGAGUCGUUCGGCGGCACCGUGUUCCGCUGGGUCAAGUUCCUCAUGUGGUUCUGUCUCUUCACGUACCUCAGCUUAGUCGUCGUCACGAUGCUGGUCGAGGGUCUGAAUCUGUUCAAGCGUCCGGGCGGCAAGGUUGACAGCGAGGCCAAGGCCGAGAACCAAACCACCCGAUUCUCCGAUGUUCACGGUGCCGACGAGGCCAAGGACGAGCUCCAGGAGCUCGUCGAGUUCCUCCGCAACCCCGACAAGUUCUCCACGCUCGGCGGCAAGCUCCCCAAGGGUAUCCUCAUGGUUGGUCCCCCCGGUACUGGUAAAACGCUCCUCGCCCGCGCCGUCGCCGGCGAGGCCGGUGUGCCUUUCUUCUACAUGUCUGGUAGCGAGUUCGACGAAGUCUACGUCGGUGUCGGUGCCAAGCGCGUUCGCGACCUGUUUGCUUCCGCCAAGUCCAAGUCUCCUGCCAUCAUCUUCAUCGACGAGCUUGACGCCAUCGGUGGACGCCGCAACACUAGGGAUGCUGCCUACCACAAGCAGACUCUGAACCAGCUUUUGACGGAAUUGGACGGUUUCGAGCAGAAUAGCGGUGUUGUCAUCAUCGCUGCCACCAACUUCCCGGAACUCCUCGACAAGGCCCUCACCCGACCCGGACGAUUUGAUCGCCACGUCACCGUCUCCCUCCCCGAUGUUCGCGGUCGCAUUGCGAUCCUGAAGUACCACGCCAAGAAGAUCAAGGCCGCUCCCGAGGUCAACUUUGACGCCAUUGCCGCGAGCACCGGAGGUCUCUCUGGAGCCGAGCUGGAGAACAUUGUCAACCAGGCCGCGGUCCGCGCGAGCAGACUGAAGGCUAACGCUGUCACCAUGACCGACUUCGAAUGGGCAAAGGACAAGGUGAUCAUGGGUGCUGAGCGCAAGAGCAUGGUUAUCGGAGAGAAGGAAAAGGAAAUGACCGCCUACCACGAGGCUGGCCACGCUCUGGUUUCGUUCUUCAACCCCAGCGGUCCCAACAAGCUCUACAAGGUCACCAUUCUCCCCCGCGGUCAGAGUCUGGGUCACACUGCACACCUUCCCGAGAUGGACAAGUACUCGUACACAACCAGGGAUUUGAAGAGUCUCAUUGAGACUUCUUUGGGCGGUAAGCUUGCUGAGGAGCUCGUCUACGGCACCGACAAGGUGACUACCGGUGUCUCAAGCGAUCUCGAGAACGCUACCAACCUGGCUUUCCAGAUGGUCGCCCUUUACGGCAUGUCUGCCAAGCUCGGCCCCGUCGAGUACGGCAAGCGUUACAACCAGCUCAGUGGAGAGACCAAGGCUCUUAUCGAGUCGGAGGUCCAAAGAACACUAAGCGAGUCGUACGAAAAAGUCCGCGAGCUCCUCACCACCAAGCGCAAGGAGCUCGACCUUCUUGCCAAGGCACUUGUCGAGUACGAGACGCUAGACAAGAACGAGGUCGAAAAGGUUAUCCGCGGUGAGAAGCUCACCGACCGUGUUCCGGUACCCAAAGGUCCGAUGAAGGUGCCCGCCAACGCCGGCGCAUCCAUCGGUCAAACCAUCCCCCCACCGAUGCCCCCACCUAACGAGGGCUCUCCGGCCCCGCCUCCGUCACCGCCGCCACCUGCGUCAACGGGCGGCAUAGUCCCGGGCCCGAACCAGAACUCAUGA